CCCCCAGUUGGUCGAGCAUGCCCGACCACUGGUAGAUGCAGCUGUCCAUCCGCAGGACAUGUCAAUAUGGCUGGAGAACCUGAGAAGACUUCAUUUGGAGGUAAAGAUGAAGAAGAUGAUGAGAUGUCCGGGGACAUAACAGACGCCAAACCUGACCGCAGUGGAAGGUUUUUACUUUUUGGCAAGAAGAAUAAGGAUGGCCAGACACGGGAGCAGGACUACUCUUCUGAAAGCCAUUACAGAAUUGUCUCACCAACAUUCCAGUAUAAGAUGAGCCACCGGCGAGUGGGCAAGUGCAUCAUCAUCAACAACAAAAACUUUGAUGAAAAGACAGGGAUGAAUGUGCGUAACGGGACGGACCGCGACGCCGGCGAGCUCUUCAAGUGCUUCAAGAGUCUGGGCUUCAACGUCUUCAUCUACAACGAUCAGACCUGCGAGAAGAUGGAGCGGCUCCUCAGAGAGGCCUCAGAGGAAGACCACAGCGAGAGCUCGUGCUUUGCCUGCAUCCUGCUGAGCCACGGCGAGGAGGGCAUGAUCUACGGCACCGACGGCGCCAUGCCCAUCAAGACCAUGACGUCGCUCUUCAGGGGGGACAUGUGCAAAAGCCUGGUGGGCAAACCCAAGCUCUUCUUCAUUCAGGCCUGUCGGGGUUCCGAGUUUGACGACGGCAUCCAGACUGAUUCGGGCCCGCCCAACGACACCAUGGAGACAGACGCCAACCCACGACACAAGAUCCCCGUGGAAGCAGAUUUCCUCUUCGCUUACUCCACCGUGCCGGGCUACUACUCGUGGAGGAACCCGGGUCGCGGCUCCUGGUUCGUGCAAGCUCUGUGCAACGUCCUGAACGAGUUCGGCAAGCAGCUGGAGAUCAUGCAGAUCCUGACGCGCGUCAACUACAUGGUGGCUACCAGCUUCGAAUCGUGGUCAGAGGAUCCGCGCUUCAGCGAGAAGAAGCAGAUCCCCUGCGUGGUGUCCAUGCUGACCAAGGAGCUCUACUUCAACUAA